AGCUCGUCUCUCAUAUUCUGCAGCAAGCUGAGUGAAGAAUCGUCAUGUCUGGCAGAGGGAAAGGAGGCAAAGGACUAGGGAAAGGUGGAGCAAAGCGGCACCGCAAAGUGCUUCGUGAUAAUAUCCAGGGCAUCACCAAACCAGCAAUCCACCGCCUGGCUCGCCGUGGCGGUGUCAAACGGAUCUCGGGUUUGAUCUAUGAGGAGACUCGCGGGGUGCUGAAGGUUUUCCUGGAGAAUGUGAUCAGGGAUGCGGUCACCUACACUGAACACGCCAAGCGCAAGACAGUCACUGCCAUGGGUGUGGUGUACGCUCUGAAACGCCAGGGCCGCACUCUCUAUGGAUUCGGCGGCUGAACAACUCGACCCUUUCUACCAAACACAACAAAGGCUCUUUCAAGGGCCACCCAAAACGUCACAUUAAGAGCAGUGACCUGGGAACGGGACCGUGAAAUCUAAAGAUGAAUCAGCACAAGUUUAGCAUCAUUUUGUCCUCUUUCGGACACUAGAUCAUUUAUUAAGUUUGUUGAUAUCUUAAGUUGGGAGUGGAGCGGUGUAUUACCUCCCCAGACCCCACGCUCCCACUCCAAUAUAGUGGAAAAAUGACUCA